CUCUCCGGCGUCCCUCGCCCAAAACACUCGCCAUGGCUUCCUCCUCCGACGUCGUCCUGACCAUGACCUCGUUCUCGUUCUCGUUGCCGCGCGCAUCCUUCUUCUUCUUUUAGUUGCUAAUAACACAACAUAACUCUACUCGAUCGAUCACUACGUGCAUGUCACGUCACGCCACCAUGUCGGGGGCCAAGAUGAACCAACUCCCGCCUCCGGCCAGCCGGCUCUGGGAGGCGGGCAUCCGCAAGCUCAACACCACCAUGGCCAUCCGCCGCGGCAGCUCCGUCUUCCCCGCCACCAGCCCCGCCCUCGACGGCGACCCCGCAGUCGCCCUCUCCGUCGCCUCCUCCAACACCAUCUACGGCUACGACGUCGUCGAAAACGACGACGAUGCCACGGGCGGCGAUGACAUCGAGGACAACGAGGAAGACAGCGACGAGGAGGAGGCGGGCCCGGAGACCCACUCGGAGCAGCUGCUCCCCAGCGGCGACUUCUACCAGGGCAGCGUGCGCGGCGAUCUCCCGGACGGCUCCGGCAAGUUUUUAUGGACGGACGGCAGCAUGUACGAGGGUUCGUGGCGCCAGGGGCGCGCGUCCGGGCGCGGCAAGUUCUCCUGGGCCUCCGGCGCCACCUACGAGGGCGACCUCGCCGGCGGCUACAUGCACGGCCACGGCACCUACAUCGGCGAGUUCGGGGACACGUUCGCGGGCCACUGGGCCAACAACUUCCGGCACGGGCGCGGCACGCAGGCCUACGCCAACGGCGACGUCUACGACGGGCACUGGCGCGACGGGCGGCAGGAUGGGCACGGGCGGUACAUUUGGCGGUACGGGCACGAGUACAUCGGCACGUGGCGCGCCGGCGAGAUGCACGGGUGCGGCACCGUGAUAUGGGCCGACGGGGACCGGUACGACGGCGCGUGGGAGGACGCCAAGCCCAAGGGGCAGGGCACGUUCCGGUGGGCGGACGGCGGCAUGUACAUCGGCGUGUGGUGCCAGCAGGAGUCCGGCGAGACGAACGCAAUGGGCGGCGUGUUCUACCCGCCGUCCGGCGGGCCGGCCGUGCCGAUGCCGCCGCGGGAGCCGCGGGAGGCGAUCACGAAGCUGCUGGAGGAGCUGGCGGUGACGGAGGGCAAGGCGGCGUCGCUGCUACCAUCGGAGAAGAUCGUGACGUGGCCCGGGGUGGAGGCGGUGCUGAAGAAGCCGGUGUGGCGGCCGCCGGAGCCGGAGCAAAUCCAAGGGAGGAGGUCGAGGAGCAGCGUGUCGUCGAUUGACAUGGACCUCGCCGCCGAGGGGGAGGAGGCCCAGGCGCAGGCGCAGGCGCAGGCCCAUGCCCAGGCGCAGGCCCAGUCCAGCAUGAGCAGCGAGGAGGCCCAGGCCAGGGCGGCGUCCGUGGAAAGGGCGUGGCUGCGGGCGACGUCGUGCAUGCGCGCGCCGCCCAAGCCGGCCAAGAAGCAGGGGGAGACCAUAUCCAAGGGCCACAAGAACUACGAGCUCAUGCUCAACCUCCAGCUUGGCAUCAGGCAUGCCGUGGGGAGGCAUUCGGCGCCCAACUCGCUGGAUCUCAAGUCAUCGGCGUUUGAUCCCAAGGAGAAGGUGUGGACCAGGUUUCCUCCUGAAGGAUCCAAGCACACGCCGCCUCACCAGUCAUGCGAUUUCCGGUGGAAGGACUACUGCCCACUGGUCUUCAGGACCUUGCGCAAGCUCUUUGACGUCGACCCAGCGGACUACAUGAUCUCCAUCUGCGGCGACGACGCGCUUCGGGAACUAUCAUCACCUGGAAAGAGUGGAAGCUUCUUCUACCUCACCAACGAUGACAAGUACAUGAUCAAGACAAUGAAGAAAUCAGAAGUUAAAGUGCUUCUUAGGAUGCUUCCAGCCUAUUAUAAGCAUGUCCGCAAUUUUGAACAUACCCUAGUGACUAAGUUCUUUGGUCUGCACUGCGUUAAAAUCACUGGAGCUAUUCAGAAAAAGGUUCGGUUUGUUAUAAUGGGGAAUCUUUUCUGCUCUCACUAUGGGAUUCAUCGGCGUUUCGAUUUGAAAGGAUCAUCACAAGGUCGCAUGACUGACAAGCCCCUUGAUCAAAUCGAUGAGCACACCACUUUGAAGGAUCUUGAUCUCAACUUCAUUUUCCGGUUAGGGGGAUCUUGGUUCCAGGAGUUUUGCAGGCAAGUGGACAAAGAUUGUGAGUUACUAGAGCAGGAGAGGAUCAUGGACUAUAGUCUUUUGGUUGGCAUUCACUUCAAUGAUCGAUUUAACGGCAAUGCUGACAACGGUGGUGCUGAAGAUUCUGAGCAAAAUAAGAAAUUAUCAGCGAAACUGGGGAUCGCCAUGCAGUCGAGGGUGGAGAACGUUGUGCGGAACCCCGAGAGCGAGUCGCCGCUCAUUGGUGAUCCCACGGGAGAAUUUCGGGAGGUGGUCCUCUUCUUCGGCAUCAUCGACAUCCUGCAAGACUACGACAUCAGCAAGAAGCUGGAGCACGCCUACAAAUCUCAGCUGUAUGAUCCCAACUCCAUAUCGGCCGUCGACCCCAAGCAGUACUGCAAGAGGUUCAGGGACUUCAUCUACAGGGCCUUCACUGAAGACGUGCAGUGAUCACUUCUUGGCACCUCCCCACUGAAGACUGAGGGAAGGAACAGGAUUGUUGGAUUGUUCUUUCUGUCGGAGAUCGAUGGCAUGCCGAAUUUUGGUUCUCUGGGGAUUGUUCAUAGACUAUGUACAUUUUUUUUGCUAAUAUUCCUCCUUUCCUUAACUCGGUAACUAGGUCUAGUGUGUAACGCGCUCAUGCUGAUUGGCCUGAAAAGGAUGUAAGUAGAACAGAGACCCUUGUUCAUGUAACCAUUUCUUCAUUUCUUAAUAAAUC